AUGUCCUUUGGCACCAAUGCAGUUCGCAGUGGUCACAGACGCACUCAACGUCCUUCAACGCAUAGGAACAAGGGUGCAUCCACGAAUUCGUUCCCCAAGAGCCGUACCGUUGACAGCUCCCGUGAGGACAACCCUUCCGCCACACCUUUCGAAAAGCAUGAAAGGCCUGAAAAGCUGUUUACAAGAGAGACUGAGAACCAGCGACUUUCACGUCAACGGAAUGACAGCCCCGUCUUCAAUUCCGAUUCGCCACAUGCAGGCAUGUGGCCGGAGGUAGAUCACAGUGUUAAUAACUUGGAUACACGUACCGCAGAAGGGGUCUGGGUUGCGCAGAAACCAUGCGCUCACAAAUUAGAAGUGUGGCAAUCUCGAGACGAUUGUGGGAACGCUUUCGAAAGAAUGAAUCUGGAACCAGAUCCGGUUCCAAUCGCGGCUGGGUGCUCAAAAAAAUGUGGUAUAACGUCAAUGCCUACUGAAGAAAGAGAUAACACUCGCAUAUUGAGACGAAAGUUCAACUACGCAGCAGCAGUAGCGACAGGGACUAGCCACGCCAAAGUAGAGCAGGAGGUCACUGCCAGUAUAGAGAGGGCUGGACUCGCGGACGUUGCGCAUGGAAAAGAACCUGCUCUCAUGGUCGCCCCGGCGGUUGAUAGGUCGCAAGUGUCAUCAGUUAACAAAGCAUUGUCGGAGGAGCUACAUGCUACUGACGAAAACGAUGAUGAAAGUCCUAGAGUCCGCGCGGAGGCUCGCAUUUCAAAACCGGCGAUAUACGAUUCGACUAUGGACGAGGCAUCAAAUCCUUGCGUAGUUGAUCAGGCAUCCAGAAUCUCCACCACCAGCCAGGAAUUAAAGCUGGGUACGCCCUCCAUAGUGCAAGGUGUGUGGGCAUCCCGAUCGGACAGAGUUUCAGAAGAUGUGUCGAGAAUCGAGGGGGCCCAGGCGCCUCAGCUUGGCUCUGUUGAAAGCUCAUCCGGUCUUAAGGUGGGCGGGGGAGUAGGAGAAUCGCUUAGUUUGCAAUUUGGCUCUCUCGGUUUGAAUGGGUUAGAGGGCGUGAACUGGUCAGCAUCAGGCAAGUCAUCAGAAAGCGUAUCAGCCGUUACCGAAGGUGAUGAUUCCUGUAUUGUCGGAGAUCCUUCCGUCACUACUCACGGGUCUGCGUCGAAUGCGCCAAGUAACACACCUGGUGCAGUUUCCGUGGUCUCUCGUUCUGUGCAUGCAGCUAUCGGAAGUCCGGCUGAUCGCAAGGCCGACAAGCUGUUGCCCAACUCUGCCUCAGUGCCCGUAUCGUCUCCGUCCGGGAGUAAGUCGGCGAGAUCAGGAGUAUUUCCAGUUUUGCCGGUUGCACCAGCGGGGAGUUACGCCACAGCCAACUAUGGGCCACCGUACUUGAUACCGCAGGUACACGGGUACUCACCAGCCAUCGGUUCAUUCGAAAGUUCUGGAGAUGCUGGGAGCGCGAGAUCACUGAAAGCAGGUCCGCCUGGGUCACUUUCACUAAACGAUCCGGUUAGUCUGUCCGGGCUAGCUUCCGGGAAUGGAAAGUUUGCUGGUAUCCCAGGACUGGGUGACCUUCCUGCGGUCCCUUCAGUUCCUGGUGCAACACGGAAAGACAGCCUUCACGAAAUUGCUGACAUAGAUGACACUUGUGGGCUUUCGUCUUCAGGCCUACCUGCAGGUAUUGAUCCUCUCGGAGCUCCAUACAUGCUACCAGGUUAUCCCUCGAUCCAAUAUCCGGUCUAUGCCUUUCCGAACGCACCAUACCCAGCGCCACCUGCCAUGACAGCGGCAGGUCCGAAUCAAUUCCCCUACCCUCAUGCUGGACAAGUGGGCCCUGCACAAAGCUCCCGGGGUGGUUUCGGGUUUGACGACGGUUCAGUGACACUUGGUCGAACACGGUCGAGCUCAGGAAUGGGUGAAAGCGUAUACACCCCUGGGGCUUACCUUCCAUCAUCUCAUUCGAAUACUCAGAAAGUAUCCAGUGAGGCUUCAUACAAGCACAUGCGAGCUCCCCCACCGACAGGGAGCAGUCUUGGCCCACUCGGUGUUGGUGGCGGGUUUGUCCACGGGGUAGCUUACAGUGAAUAUUCACCUACUACAGGGGGGGCUGGCACCAACACCUUCGUAGGAAACAACGGGACGAACAUGGGCUGGAAUGGCAGGGAAGGACUCAGUGGAAGGACUGAAAACGCAUCUGGUUCUCGACCUGUCUCUCACGCGGGUUCGCAAGCCUCAGCGCUAUAUCCUAAUGGGCCUGGUGGUGCUCCCGCGGGGUACUGGGCAUUACAAGGGGGCUACUACCCAUAGACGAUACAUGUGGCAUGCAUAUUUCGUGACUAGUUACCUCAACAUAGCACAAUUUCGGCAUGACCAAUACUGGAGAAUGGGAUCAUUCGUAGAUUGUGUUGUAAAGAUGAAUAUAACUGUUCUGCAGUG